AUGGAGUUAUUUAGCAGAGGAUACAAAGGACUUCUUGGUGACAAAGGGCAACCUCAAUCUGUUGAGGAUACAGUCUCAAAGUUAGUUGAUCGUGCCAGAAAUUCUACGUUGUUAGAAGAUAGACGAGCUGCAAUAUUAGGUUUAAAAGCAUUUUCGCGGGAAUAUCGGCAAGAGGUUGGGGAAAAAGGUCUUGGAGCUUUUUUACAUAUUUUGAAUCAAGACCGGGCAGAUAUUGAUACAGCAAAAGCAGUUCUGGAAAUUCUCAAUAUUCUAUGUAUACCUGAUGGACAAGAGGAUCCCGCAAUUGAUUUGGGUGUGAAAUUCACGGAUGAAAUUGUUCAUGAUUCUGCUAAUAUAAAUUUACUCUUGGGUCUUUUACAAGAGUACGAUUUUUAUGUCCGAUUUCAUGAUGUACAAUUAUUGGGAACAUUAUUAAGAAUUAGACCAGAUCGUGUACAAGAUUGUAUAUUGGCAGAUCCAAUGGGUAUUUCGAGAUUAAUGGAUUUAUUAGAUGAUCGAAGAGAAAUAAUAAGAAAUGAUAUUCAAAAAAUUGUUGCUUUUGAUAAUGCAUUUGAAAGAUUAUUAGAAAUAAUAACAGAAGAAGACGGAUUGAAUGGUGGAAUUAUUGUUCAAGAUUGUAUACAAUUAAUACUUAAUUUAUUAAGAUAUAAUGUUUCUAAUCAGAAUUUUUUCCGAGAAACGAGUUGCAUAAAGCGAAUUCCUUCUCUUUUUAGUUAUUCUCCAGAUUAUAAAUAUCGAGAAUACGAGAUUGAAUAUUUGAUUCAAGAUUGGCAAGAACAAAAAGUUGAAAAUUCUAUAGUUUUAUUAGAUUUGAUACGAAUAUUAGUAUUGCCCAAUAAUACGAAUACUGUAACUAACCAGAAUGUAAUGAAACAAUGUGGAGUAUUAAAACCUGUCGUUGAAUUGGCUCUAUCUUCUAAUGCCCCUUCAAUAGUAAAGGCAAGCUCCCUUUAUGCUUUGGCAGAUCUCAUUCGCGGGAAUAAUAAAAAUCAAGAAUUUUUGGAAAGGACUGUAGUUACUGUACCAUCUUAUCCAAUAGUAAAUUCUCCUGAUUCAUCAAAUUUAAAUAAUAAAGUCAAUAGUAAUGGUCGAACUUCAUUCUCGGAACAAAUCCCUCCACGUCCUUCAGUUAUGGCAUUAAUCGCUGUAGCUGUUGGUGCUGAACAUGUUGAGAGUUAUACUACUCGGGCAGCUGCUACUUAUGCUUUUGAGUCUUACAUCUACAAUAACGCCAACGCACAAAUUGUAUUAGCAUCCACAUUGACACCACCACCCGAUGAUAAUUUAAAUCCGGACUUGAUCACAUCGAAGCCCCAAUCAGCCGGAUCAUUGCUACUUUCAGCUCUCUUGGAAUGGGAAGAUUCUGAGGCAGAUCCAUAUGUAGUUUGGUUUGCUUCGGUUAUUUUCUCUCACAUCCUCAUGAAUAAUGAAAAAUCCAAAGAGCUAGCUCGUGCAAUAGUUAUUGGUGGAGAGAAUAACGGAGAAGAACAUGUCUCUCUAUUACAUUCAAUUGCUGGAAAUUUGAUGUUAGCAACUAGACAGAAUGCUGAUGUUAGAGUUCUGAUUGGAUAUUUAUGUGUCUUAUGUGUUUGGUUGUGGGAUAGUCCUCAAAGUGUUAAUGAAUUUUUAUCGGAGGAUGCACAUCUACAAAUUCUUAUUUCUCCAAUAACUCAAUCAUCAGGAAUAGAUUCAAGAGUGCAAGGUUUAUGUGCAUUUUUAUUGGGAAUUUGUUAUGAAUUUAAUCAUUCAAUAAAUUCAAGGUCAACGCUUCAACCAAUUUUGCUUAAUCGUAUUGGAAUUGAUCAAUUUGUUAAUCGUAUUACACGUUUAAGAGAAUUACCUCAUUUUAUGCAUGUUUCACAAUAUCUUCAGAUUUUACCAGAAGAAGAAGCUAGAGGACUUCCUGAAUUAUAUUUUGAUUAUUCAUUUGUUAAUUUUUUCAAGAACAAUUACGAAAAAGUUCAAAGAUCUAUUAUAGCCGAUCCAAAUACACCAAAAUUUACUGUAAAAAGUCAAGAGAAGGAAAUAUGUGAGUUGAAAGAAACAAUAGGAAGUUUACAGGAACAGAAAUUAUCAUCAGAACUAUUGAUAAAUUCUUUACAAAAGGAAGUGGAAAAUUUACAAAACAUGUUAAAAUCUCAGGAAUUAGAAACUUUUAAAUUAAAGAAAUACCAAGAAGAUUUGCUUGUAUGUCUUGAUGAUCAAGAUGCAAAUGUUAAAAAGUAUAGAUUGAGUAGAUUACAAUAG